CUUCAAGUUAACCAACCGUUGACGCCGAAUAACCUUGCCGCCGACCUGAAGCCCGAGAAGACGGAGAAAGUAAAGCCCUGCUGCGUCUGCAAAGACGAGAAGUCCCGGCGCGACGAGUGUAUGCUCUUCUCCCGAUCGGACGACCCGCAGGAAGAUUGCAAGAGCUUGGUCUCGCAGUACAAGGACUGCAUGGCUGGGUAUGGUUUUAAGAUUUGA